UUGGCACUGGGCUGCUGGCUGCCCGGGGAGCGAUUGCCGGGUCCGGCUGGGACGCGCCUGUGAGUGCGUAUGCCUUUGUGUGUGCGUGUGGCUGCUGUCCGGGGGGGUCUGUUGCUCUGUGUACACACGCCAGGUGGGUGCCAGGUAUCCUCCGGGUCCCCAUGGGGUCAGCAGCUGCCGAGACAGCCCCUUGGACAAGCCCCUGACCCAGGAGCCCCCGGUCCCUGCUGGGAGGCGGGAUGGGUUGUGGCAUCAGUCGGCACAGCUGUGUGGCUCCCAGGGCUGGGUGAUCGAUGGCCCGGCACAGCCGCCUCUGUCGCCGGAGCGCCCACACCCAUUUGUCAUCCACAUGGGUGGGGGGCGGUGGGCAGGGAGAAGGGGCCGCCUCUGCACCCACCACCCAGUCUAGGCCGGGUCUGCAGCCCCUCAGGGAGCCCCAGGCCCUUUCCUGGCCCAGCCCCUGCCUCCCGGCCGCCACCCUGUCUCAGCCACAAACCAGCCGGUCAGCCUCUGCCUGCCCCCGCAGCCCGUGACCCCCCUGCAGGGCCCCAAGCCUUUGGACAAGCGGACCUCUCCAGCCCUGUUGGUCGUCCCCCCAACGGUACCAACACAGUGUUUUGGGGGCAGCAGACAGCAGUGCCCCAGCCCUACCGUGCUCAACCCACUGGCCAUGCAUGACCACGGGUGCAACCCCCAGCCAGGUGGCCAUGGUGCCCGGUGCUGCCCCAUAGCAGGCUGCCAUGUCGCGGGAGGCGGGCUCAUGCCGCGUGGGCACAGGGGCGAGGGCGCGUUCUCGGAAGCCCAAGAAGCCACACUACAUCCCGAGGCCCUGGGGCAAACCCUACAACUACAAAUGCUUCCAGUGCCCCUUCACCUGCCUGGAGAAGUCGCACCUCUACAACCACAUGAAGUACAGCCUCUGCAAGGACUCCCUGUCCCUGCUGCUAGACUCCCCAGACUGGGCGUGCCGCCGUGGCUCCGCCACACCCAGGCCCCGCGCACCCACCCCAGACCGCCCCGGGGAGUCAGACCCCAGCAGGCAACCGCAGGGAGCACGGCCCGCAGGUGCUGCCCCCGCGCCUGACCUCGUGGAUGCCGAUGUCCGCUCCCUGCACCGUGGUGGAGGCCCCAAGCCCAGGGCCGAGGGGUCCCCAGGGCCACCACCUCCUGUGGCUAGGGCCACCCGGAAGGCUCCCGGCCCCAGUGGGCUCCUGCCUGAGUCGUGGAAGCCGGAGAUGGGAGGGGGCCCAAGGGGCGUGGGUGCGGGGGACAUGGCCUCAGCAGGCCCUGAGGGCAGUGUCCCCUGCUAUCCCCCGCCUGCCCCAGGGGAGUUCCCUGAGGCCCACAGCCUCCACCUGUCUCUGCUGGGCGUCAACUACCCUCUCAGCCCGGGCCUCUUCUCCUACUUGGGGCCCUCGCUGGCCGCUGCAGCCCACGUGCCCUUCCUGGCCUCGGCCAGCCCCUUGCUGCCCCCGGCCGCGGCCUUCCCAGCCGUGCAACCCCCUCAGCGCCCCACCCUGGCCCCCCGCCUGUACUACCCACUGCUUCUGGAGCACACUCUGGGGCUGCCAGCAGGCAAAGCUGCCCUUGCCAAGGCCCCUGUCUCCCCCAGGAGCCCCUCUGGGACUCUGGCUCCUGGCCUGCUGAAGGUGCCGGUUCCAGGGCUGGGGCCCUGGCCCCGAGUCACCCCUAGGGACCCAGGGCAGGAGGGGGAGCUGGAGCGGGCAGCCCAGAGUGACCCCAGGAGGAGGCUGUCCCUGGGAAGCAGGCUGGAGCUCCCAAAGGCAUCCCCCAGCCUGACAAGGUUCUGUUCCCGGAGCAGCCUGCCCACCGGCUCCUCUGCGAUGCUGUGGCCUGAGGACAGGGAGCCUGGCGGCCCUGAGACCCCCGGCCCUGAGGGCCCCCUCCCCCUGCAGCCACGGGGCCCAGUGCCAGGAAGCCCGGAGCACGUGGGUGAGGACCUGACCCGGGCCCUCGGUGACUACGCCAGGGUGGAGCAGCGCCUGGGACAGCUGGGACCCGCGGGGGGCCUGGCCCCAAGACCCCUGCGGGAGCAGCUGGGCAAGAUCCGCCUGGAGCUGCUCACCAUUCACCAGGCACUGGAGCGGGCCGUGAGGCCGCCAGACGCACCCCUCGACCUCUCUGUGAAACGCGUGCCCGCCAAGGGGCCCCAGGCUCUUGGAGAGGCGUGGGGGCAGCCCGAGCUGGGUCCCAUGUUGACCGGGGGUACCCCCGAGCCACCCAGCAUGCUGGGCCCUGCAGCGCCCCAACCCUUCUCCGGCCACACCACCAAGUGUGAGGCCGACUCCAGCGUCCCACCCCCAGGGCUCCCCCUCCCAGCCCCAGAUGACCCUGUCAUUCCUGGCAGUGGCCGGGGCACCUGUGUUGCGACGGGGAGUUCCCAGACCCCUGAGGCUGUCUGUGGCCUGCAGAGCCCCCAGGGCGCCGAGGUCUGACCUGCACCUCCUGAGGUCCGACCGUCUCUGCCUGCAGCGUGCCGGCCCUUCUCCUGCAGCCCCUGCCCCUCACCUGCCCCGCCUCCGCGUGCAUGUGGAUAGACCCCCACGGGCCGUGGCCAACGCUUGUCCCUGGGGCCACAGGAGGUCACAGUUAUUUAUUGAUCACAAUUGUGGACAUUAAAACAGAAACUGUGUUCACACA